AUGGAUUCUGUUGUGCUCCCAACGCUAACAAAGAAGGAAGAGAUCGAUCGGAUCAUCAACAACACAAUCGAUAAAGUCCUUGUCCUUCGAUUCGGCCGUAUCUCCGACCAAAAUUGUCUUCUUCUUGAUGACAUUCUCGAGAAAUCGGCGAGAGAUGUCUCGAAAUUCGCUACGGUAGCUUUGGUGGACGUUGAGUCGGAACAAGUUCAAGUUUACGUCAAGUACUUCGACAUCACUCUCUUCCCUUCCACUGUCUUCUUCUUCAACGCUCAUCACAUGAAACUUGAUUCUGGAACUGCCGAUCAUACCAAGUGGGUAGGUAAAUUCUACGAGAAACAAGACUUCAUUGAUGUUGUUGAGGUAAUAUUCAGAGGAGCUAUGAAAGGGAAGAUGAUUGUUCACUGUCCUCUUCCUCCCGAGAGAAUACCAAAGUACCAACUCUUAUACAAGGAUGUCUAG